AUGCCGCAAGAGCUGCUGUCAGCGAGUCCGGUCUAUUGUCUCGUCGGUCUGUAUCGUCUGCUCACCGACGCAUCGCUCUGGAGGCCCAUCUGGCAAAAGACGAGCACUUCAGCCAAGCAGGGCGCUCUCAUUGCUGCUCUAUGGUUCAUCGCUACCAUCCCUUUCAACAGGCUGUACUGCCGAUUCUUCAUGAAGCGCAACUUGCUCUUCAAGUACGAAGAUGAUUCCAAAUGGCUCGGCGUCAACAUUCUCACCUAUGCCUCUCUCAUGAUGGGCUUGGGCCAAGCGUCAAUGAUUCUCGAGUUCUACAUUGCGAAACAGCUCAAGGCCGCUCGGGUGCAUGCCUACGAUGCCACAGUGGCCAGUCGUGGCAAGGAUGCAUCCUUCUGGCAGCCCUAUGUCGAAGAGUGGAAGGAGCCACCUAUCGACCGUGCCCGACGCGCUGCGCAGAAGAGCUCCUUCUACUCGCGGCUCUCCAGUCCGCUCAUCCGCAUCUUCAUCACAAAGAUCUUGCUUCAUCCGCUCAACUUUGUGCCCUUUCUGGGCAUCAUCAUCGGCGCCGUUCUCAAGAGCCUCACGCUGGCACGUACACUUCAUCAGCCCUAUUUCCUCGCGAAGAAGAUGUCCGCCUUUGAGCAGGAGCUCUUCAUCACGGAGCGAAUCUACGAGUAUCGUGCUUUCGGCUUCGUGGCGGCUGUGCUCGAGCGCUUGCCCAUCGUGGGCAUCGUACUCAGUAUCUCCAACCGUAUCGGGGCAGCCAUGAUGGCACACGACCUCGAGAAACGCCAAGCUGCCUUUAGGUCCGGCAAGCUCAAGCCGACGAAGGUGUAUGUGAGCAAGACAGCGCAGAUCGAGGAAUCUGGCCUUCCGGACGAGUUCGCAGGCCAGUUUCCGAGGAAGAAGGCACCCAUCAAGCUUGACGCGUCCGAGCAAGCGAGAGUCAACAAAGCGGCCGCUGGCACAAUACUCGAUUCAUGA